AAAAAUGUCAAUGUCAAAGUCAAUGUCAACAUUUUUUCUGUGAUUUCGUUGUUACGUUACUUGUUUUUUAUAUUAUAAAUAUGAGAAAAUCCCAUUUAUACACAGAAUAGUAAAUCGUUCUUGAAAUGUUAUCAGAAAUCAACUUCUGUGACCUAUAUUUACAGUGUUAUUAAUAACAAAAACCGGUCUAAAAUGACGAGUGCUACUAUUCAGGAAAUUGAAGGAAUAGACGACUAUUGGGGUCCGGCGUUCCGUUCGGUGUACGAAGGUGACGGACAUGAAGCGUUCGUGCAGCAACUUGACGAGCGUAUCAAGCAGCAUGACAAGGAGAUCGAGAAACUGUGCAACUUCCACUAUCAGGGCUUCAUUGACUCCAUCCGUGAGUUGCUCCAAGUCCGCUCACAUGCAGAAGAGCUGCAUGCUGAGAUAUCAAAUGUGGAUGGCAAUGUUAAGGAGACCACAGAAGGCCUCUGCUCCCGGGCCGAGGAGUUGAUCAGAGCGCGUCGUGUGGAGCUGAACAUCGCGGCUACUAUUGAAAAGAUGGAGCUCUGCCUCCCGUUGCUUACUACUUACUCCAAGUUGAAGACCCAGGUUGAGGCUAAGAGAUACUACCCAGCCCUAAAGACCCUCGAACAACUAGAACACGUUCUCCUCCCGCGCGUAGGCCCAUACAAGUGGUGCGCGCAGAUCGCAGCCGACAUCCCGCGCCUGCGGCAAGCCAUACGGGACGCGUCCAUGGCCGACCUCAGAGGGUUCCUGGAGAACAUACGCCGGCUCAGUCCCCAGGUUGGUGCAAUGGCAUUAAAGCAAACUCAAGACAUGCUGGGUAGAAGCUUGGCUACUAUUGUAAAAACUAAGAAGGACAUGGCCGUUCUCGGCAUCGCUCGAGAGAACCUCGGACCCCAGUGCCCUCACGAGCUGGUGGACUUCAGCCCGCUGCACCGCUGCCUGCACAUCCACGGCGUGCUGGGCGCCAAGAACGACUUCAUACAGUACUACAGAGCUCAACGCAAGCAGCAAGCGCGUUUGGUGCUGAUCCCUUCGGGCAACCUUCACGACAACAUACAAAGCGUGAAGAACUACCUCAAUGCAGUGCUGGGAUUCUUCAUACUGGAGGAACAUCUUCUUAGCACUGGUGCAGGGCUGGUUUCCAAGGAUUGGCUUCUAGACACAUGGAGUAUGUCUGUGAAUAAAGUAGCUUCGACUCUGCGUACAAACACAUCGCUCAUCACAGACCCGACCCUCAUGUUGAGCAUCAAGCAUCAGAUAGUGCUGUUCAUUAACACGCUCAAAUGCUACGGCCUGCCCGCGGAUCCGCUCCCACUGCUCCUGCAGGAGAUGGCGGAGCACUACACGGAGGUGCUGAUGCAGCGCUGGGUGGUCGUGUUCAGGGAUAUACUGGACAAUGCCACCUUCCUGCCUAUUGAGGUGGCCGAUCAAGAACAAUAUGACGGUGUAAUGGACACAUUCCCUUACGACGGAGAAGAAUUAGAAGCUCAAGGUUUCCCCAGGAAAUUCCCAUUCUCAUCCAUAGUCCCCGCAGUGUACGUGCAAGUGAAGGAGUUCAUAUACGCGUGGCUCAAGUACUCGGCCGGCCUCGGCCUCGGUGGGGGCCGACGCGCAGCCGCGGCGAGACACUCGGCCUCGCUAUUGUUGAGCAGGUCCUUUACGGGCUGCCUGUCGGCGCUGUUCCGACAUCCUCUACCACUGAUGCAACUUGUUCAGAUAAUCGUGGACACCCACUAUCUGGAAGACGCGACCAUAUGUCUCUACGAGUUCAUUAGCAAUAUCACUGGUUCAGAGCUGGUCACUACACAGGCUGCAGGCAGCAUGUUCCAAGCGGCCCGCGACGACGCAGAGAAACAAAUCUGCGACAACCUUGAAAAGAAAGUCGACGAGUUCCUCGACCUCGAAAACUACGACUGGUUGUUGGUCGAACCGACCGGACAGGCCUCGGCUUUUGUUACAGACAUGCUGAGCUACCUGUCCGGGGUACUGACUUCUUUGGAACAGUUACCGGAACGUGCCAGAGUAGCAGCAGUCCGCGCAGCCACCAAUCGCAUCGCGAGCCGCCUGCGCAAGCUGCUGCUGGACCCCGGCGUGAGGCAGGUGUCGUCGGGCGCGCUGUACCAGCUGGACCUGGACGUCAUCCAGUGCGAGCAGUUCGCGGCCGCCGAGCCCGUGCCCGGCCUGCGGGAGGGCGAGCUGCUGGAACAGUUCACUAGUCUACGACAACUCCUCGACCUCAUCACGGGCUGGGACUGGUCGUCGUACCUGCACGACAUCAACAUGGAGGGCAACAAGUACAACCUCGUGACUCCCCGCGACGCGGCUGCCCUCCUCGAGAAGCUGAAGGAGGCCGAGUCCAAGUCUUCCGUCUUUGCCGUCUUGAAAAAGAACGAGAGGGACAGAAGGAAGCUGCUCGAUACCGUUUUGAAGCAGUUGAAACAAUUGCAAAAUCAGGAUGGCUAGUUAUCUCUAGCUAUGCCUUUUCAGCCUUGGAGGAUUUAACAACUGGAGACGCCUUGUCUGUAAUUUUAUGUGAAAAACAGUCAGCCGAUCCCGCAGCCUAUCUUUAAUCCCGAUACCUGCGGGACUGCGUAUUAUUAAUCCCGCGGGAUCCCGGUAAUUACGGGAUCUCGCAUGAAAAUUAAAACUAUUAAUACAAGGUUAAAACACAUUUAACUAAUCAAUCUUGUUCCACAUUUCAAAUCAACCAUAGGAUCAUAGAUAAAGAAAAAUAAAAACAUACCUUCAUUAAUGACAACGUCAGAAGACUAAAUAUUAUUUUUCAUUUUUAAAAUAUAAUCAGUUUGGUCAGCUUUCUGCUGAGAAUAUUAGCGAAGAAAACAUAACAUGGAUUUUGCCUAACUACUGCGAAUUUUAGAGACAAUAUAUCCAACCACAGGAAAAGGCAUAAUUUAUUUACCAAUGGAUCUGCCACAAUAAUGAACAUUCAUCUCUUUUUUGAUUAUAGACUCAAGUGUGUUAGUCAGAGAUGGUGAUGAACAAAAAAGAUGGGAGGCUGAUGAAUUAUAGCCAGCUCUAAUUUCUGUUGCAUCGUUCAGAAUGCGGGACUGCAAAUCCCACGGGAUCCCGGAAUACCGAGAUCUCGGAAUACCGGGAUUGGAAGCCCUAGGCACACCAAAUGUAUGGCUAUUAUUAAAUCCUCCAAGUUAUCAGCUAUAGCAAAGGGUAAUUAACAGUGUAGCAGAGGAGUAGUCUUAAGGAAAAAUCUUACCUCUAAUUUUGUAGCUGGAGUAACUGUAACGCCAUUUAGGGGCACGAUUUAUUCUUGGACUGUACACCUCUUCAAAAACCAAUAACGCUUUGGGUUUUAUCAGUAUUUGUCUUGAAACUCGAGAGUAAUCUAUUUGUAUUGCUAAUGGAUGUAGUUUGUAAUAAUAUGUCUUUGUAUAUAUCUCACAAAUAUAUUAACCCCUUGAGUCGCAGGCAUAGACAAUAUCAGAAACUUCUAAGGCUUUCGACUAGUACAUUUUGUAUGAUUUUGUCCGUGGGAGUCCAGGGGUUAAGCUUUUAGUGCCUUUGUGUGUUAACUCUUUGAUCGCCUAAGGGCCACUUGCACCACUAAUCCGGAGUUAACCGGUUCAACCGUUAACCCAGUGUCAGAGUGUACUUGUAACCAUGGUAACUCCAGGUUUAACCGGUUAACCCGGGGUUAGUUAUUGGUGCAAGUGGCCCUAAGGAAACGCGGUUGCAGGCCAAUAUCAACCAUCAUACAUUCCGAUAAGGUUCACGGUGACGCACGCAAAUUAUAGGCGUGGCCACAGAAUAAAUAAUAGUACUACCAUACAGAAAUGACACUUCAUACAAAACCGAAGUUUGACAGCGAUUCAGGGUCGAAUUAUGCUGUCCCUUUCUAAUGUCACUAUCCCGGCUAUUUAGGGUUGUCAAAAUUCAAGUCAUUAUCUUAUCUGUGGUCGUGCACGUAUAGGGACGUCAAGUUGUGUCAACCCUAAUAAUUGCUCGGAGCAAUGCUGAGCCGAGAAAAGCCGAAAGGAGGAGUGUCGCCACACUGGCGUGGCGUUCAAAGGGUUAAUUUCCGGUUAGAUAGGUUCGCUUAGCAUAGAAUCUAAAUUAGACAGUAGGAUUAAAAUGGUACUGUUAAAACAAAAAUCGUAUGCAAUGAUGAUAUGAUAAGUUAUCCUUGCGUACCUGCCAUCAUUUAAUUUUACGCAAAUAUAUCAAGCUUUAAUAAAUUCAGAAUUUGUAAAAACAAAAAUCAAAAUUAAUUUUCACCCCACCAGCUCGAAAAGGCUCUCUUUAUUCUAAUAACAAAUGAAAAAUUAGCGUUUUAUCCACAAGAGUAGCAAAGUAUAAUUCCAUGCUAAUUCUGAGUUGUUUCUUCAUGAUGGCUGGUAGAAUUGAUGCUCCUCAUUGCAAUGUUUUACUGUUCCUAAGUAUUUUUCUCACGUUUGGUGUGGUGAAAAAUGUUGUGUUACACUCGGAGGCAAAGUUUGUUGAACCCUCUCAACGCUCAAGAUUCCACCUUUCGAACCACUCGCUACGCUUAUGUUUUAAUUUUGGAAUCUUUCGCUUACUCAGGUAUCAAUAUUAGCGUGAGGGGUUAAACAUCUCUGCCCCCUUGUAAAACAAAUAAUUAUUUCCUUUUGACGUAGCUACGAAAAAGUGUAAAUGGUGUCUAAGAAUAAAUAAAUAAAUAAAUAUUAUAGGACUUUAUUACACAAAUUGACUAAGUCCCACAGGAAGCUCAAUAAGGCUUGUGUUGAGGGUACUUAGACAACGAUAUAUAUAAUAUAUACAUAUUUAUAAAUACUUAAAUACAUAGAAAACACCCAUGACUCAGGAACAAAUAUCCAUGCUCAUCACACGAAUACAUGCCCUUACCAGGAUUUGAACCCGGGACCAUCAGCUUCGUAGGCAGGGUCACUACCCACUAGGACAGACCGGUCGUCAAAAGAAAAAAUCCACUGUUAAUAAUAAAUUGGUAAAGACAAUUCAGAAACAAAGACUAUAAAUUGUUAAAGACAAUUCAAUAACAAAGACUAUCAAUACAAAGAUAGCAUCCCUCAGUAAAUAAUCAUCCCAUUUUACUGUGGAAUUCAGUGGCGUCAUCUUCAGUGAUGAGAACGAACACAACUUUUUAUAGAAAUUGGCUAUCUUCAUUAUGAACUUGUCUUAAAAAUUCAUUAUUUAAGUAAUUUACACAACAUCAACUAAUGUAGUGAUAGAGAGCAUUUAUAGUUUUUUAGGAAUCAUAUCCAUAAAUGUUAAAAAGUAUGUUUUAUUCAUUCGUACGUUUGGAAUUAUGUAAUGGAAGUUUUAUUUGUAUGUAUUUAUGGUCAAUAUAGAGUAUUGUUACUAUUGUUGAGUUUUCUUUCUACCAUUUUUGCGAGCUAUUUCAAAUUUUGACAUAGCAUAUAGUUUUUAGAAAAAUAGGCAGUAAAUAAAUAAAUAAUUACAUUAGGUUAAUGAUGCAGAAACAUCAUAAACGAAAAAGAGCAAGACCAAGACAGAGAUGGACAGAUGAAAUAAAUAGAAUAGCUGGCAGAGACUGGAUGUCCAAAGCUAAUGAUAGAGUAGUAUGGAAUAAGAUGGAGGAGGCCUUCACUCGAAUAGAGGUCCUUAAUUCAUAAAUAAUUUAAUUGAACUGCAUGAGAUAUAUUGAAAAAUAACAAAAUGUAUAAUUACUUACUUAUUUCAAAUCGUAACCGUAUUUAAUAGUAAAAUUUAAUGAUUAAUUUAAUUAAUUAAGAUGAAAUUAGUAUCUAAAUUAAUUUGCAUGUAAAUGAUUUACGAAUUGUUGUGCAUUGUAAUGUAUUCUAAGGAAUAAAUGAAGCUAUAAUAAUAAUGCAGAAAAUGCUUAA